AUGUUCCAGUCUUUCACAGGCAGCUCCCGCCGCCCUCGCCAGGUCAACCUUUCAGGCCGCAACAAUAACCCUUUCGCCGCGUAUCCCUCCGGUCGACAAAAUCCGCAUGGCUCCGGUGCCCAGAAUGCCCUUGCUAUUGCACAGCAGGAGCGUUUGGCGAGACAACAAGAACGAGACCGGUUAGGCGCGAGUCGGACGAUACAGCGGACAUGGAGGGGCUAUCAGAGCAGGAAGAUAACGCGUGGGAUAUGGCGGGCGGAAUGGGAUUCAAUGGAAAGCCGGCGGACACAUUCCCUGCCUGAAUUUGAGAGUCUUGCUCAGCAACAGGCGGGUAUCUUGCAGCCUGCUGCUCCGUUUGAAACGGCCGCAGCGUGCCUGUCUCAGCUACGCCUCUUGGUGCAGUUUAUUGAGCCAUGGAACUCCGGGGAUGUUGUGCGCUUGGUAUACUUCUCGGAUGCCUUCCAUAAAACAUUACACGAGGUGCCUACCUUGGCGACGGAAGGAGAAUGGACGAUGUUGCUGCAGCGGCUGGCGAAUCUUGCCUUACGUGUCUUACACUCGGCGACUUCUCCUACCGUGCCGGCAUUUGCUGUUGGCUAUCUUCUUCGGCUAUUGGUGUUCCUCGCGGGCCUUAUCCCAAGACAAAUGGCUCGCCUUUCCCGUGAAUACUAUGCUACUAUGGCGACUCUCACGAGGAAUAUUGAUUCAAUAUCGGAGCGCUCUUCAUUGUCUAAACCUGAUUUGGUUCAGUGUGUACUCGCUUUACUUCUGCCCAUCACUUCUGAGACCCUCACUGCCUACGAGUGGUUCGCUCGGAGCUACCUUACCCUGCCUGAUCUCUUGGAGACUCUAGGAUCUCUUGAUUUGUUGGCGAACAGCAUCAAUUACAAGUUAUUAACGUCUGCUCUUGCGCCAUUGUACGCAAAACUUGGUGACCACAUACAAGGCUUGGAGGAUGUCGAUUCGCGGCUUUGGCUACUUGCUUAUUUCAUAUUUUUCCACCGUUAUGCCUUGGGCGCUCACGCGGCGCAACGCUCUCCAGACCUCGAUUUUGUCAAGGUGGUUUCGGGAUUGCUCAACUCAACGGCGGUCCAGAUUUACCGACGGGUAGAGUCUGAAGAGUCGGCUGAUCUGGACGAUGAUCAGAGGAAAUCCCCCUUGCAUCCGUUCGUCAAAGACCAAUUGUUCAGUUUGCUCAAUCAGAGUAGUAUCACGGGCCUUCUCUCACAGCUUCAGCCUGCCCAGACAUCGCAAGGUAAAUUCGCGGACUCCGGCUUCGAUGCUUCCAAUCAAGCAAAGGUACUUGCAGGCUAUGCCUUGACACUUCUCAGGGUCUUUCCUCGACGGGGCGAUGAUAUCCGUAUGUGGCUGUACCUGGGUUCUGCUACCUUAUCUGAGCAACCGGGAGAACUGGGAUCGAGGAUUCCGGCAAUCAAAUAUUUCUGGCAUGCAUCUCGCUCCAGCAAGGUGUUUUCUGCGAUUAGCCGAGACUCGACGAAGGUCUUGUCUUUGUUGAAGCCAAUCAAUGAAUCCAACUCUGGCCCAGUUGGCUUAUCCCAGACGGAUCGAGACCAAGAAUGGACGAUCAUUCUCCUCUUCCUCGAGCUGUAUACUUUUGUUCUCAAAGUCAUGGACGAUGAUGAAUUCUUUUCUAGUGGCUCAUCCUUUACCACCUCAUCAAACGGGCGAAUGUCGUGGACUAGAGAAAGCGCACUGCCUCUUAGCGACAUCAAAGAUAUGACAGUCUUUUUGAAGAAUCUUGCGUUCACUCUAUACUGGAAUUCCGCAGAUCUGAGCGAAAACGAGACUGUCCAGGACAGCGGUGGAAUUCGAAGUUAUUUCAACUCGACAACUCCGCAUUUGGAGUCCAUAACAAGUGUGAGAGACAUUGAGAACAAAAACAAGGAGAAAGGACUGCCUGGUGUGACAGGAAUUCCACUUGACUACUUCAAGGGCCUUGUUACCGGGCUUCUGAGAAUGGUCCACGAGCGUGACUCGCGGCGCAAGUUCCUUCCAGAUGGCCAUUGGUUGAUGACUAGUCGAUUUGACAUGGAAGGAUUCAUUCCUGCUGUCGUUGCCGAAGAGGAGAGCAGGCAUCAGCUUCAGGACGAGGACGAAGAGGGCGUGGACGACCUAAUGAGCGACGAAUCUUACGAACCUACAGGCCUGGUUGGAGCUGGGCGUGCGCAACGGACGCUGCAAAUCGAAGCACUUAGACGACGCCAGCAACAGGCUCAACGCCGAAAACAGUUGGAGGCUGUGGCACCGAGACUCGAGAUUCUAAGGAACAUGCCAUUCUUCAUCCCGUUUCCCACUCGGGUACAGAUCUUCCGCGAGUUUAUCUAUCGUGACCAGCUGCGCAGACGGCACGGAUAUAUUGACCCAGAUUCAUGGCGAAUGUCGGUGGCACAGGCGUCCAUGGGCCGGAUGAUUGACGGACGUUCAAAUGCGAUGCAAGACAUUCUAAGCCGACAUCACGCCAACAUUCGCCGGGAAAGUAUCUUCGAGGAUGCAUUUGACCAGUUCUACGAGCUCGGCGAAGCCCUGAAGGAGCCUAUCCAGAUUACUUUCAUCGAUAAGUUUAACAACGCGGAAGCGGGAAUUGACGGUGGCGGUGUUACCAAGGAAUUCCUCACCAGUGUCACCAACGAAGCUUUCAAAUCCACGGUCGGCCUCCGCUUGUUCGAGGAGAAUGACCAACAUCUGCUAUAUCCUAGUCCAGUCUCAGUAGAACAGCGAAAGGAAUAUCUAAGACAACAAGGGCACAGGGAAAACACACCCGAAUGGAACGAACAGGUCCGAGAUCUACUAAAACGAUACGAGUUCUUGGGCCGAGUGAUUGGAAAGUGCUUAUACGAGGGGAUUCUGGUCGACGUCGGGUUUGCACCGUUCUUCCUCCUGAAAUGGGCGUUGACGGGAGGCAUGAGCUCUGCGCAACGGGAGUCAGCAUACCGAGCUAAUCUUAAUGAUCUCAAGGAUCUGGAUUCAGGGCUUUAUCAAGGCUUGCUGCAAUUGAAGAAUUAUCCCGACGACGUGGAAGACUUUGCGCUGAAUUUCACCGUCACCGACACGAUCCCACUACCAGACGGCAGAAGCCGGACAGUCACCAGGGAUCUGAAGAGCAAUGGCUCCGAUACGGCGGUCACAAACCAGAAUCGUCUAGUCUAUAUUUCCUAUAUCGCUCGCUAUCGCCUGCAGGUACAGCCCGCUUUGCAGACCAACGCAUUCCUGCAAGGCUUGGGACAAAUCAUCCAACCGUCCUGGCUGUCGAUGUUCAACCAAGCUGAGAUGCAGACCUUGGUCAGUGGUGAGUCAGGUGACAUUGAUGUGGCGGAUCUAAGGCGAAACACAUUGUACGGCGGAGUGUACACAAUCGGUGACGACAAAGAAGAGCACCCGACCAUCCAAUUAUUCUGGCAGGUGCUGGAAGAGAUGACAAACGAAGAGCGCCGCAAGGUACUUCGAUUUGUGACCUCGACACCACGAGCCCCGCUACUCGGUUUCAGCCAUCUCAAUCCACGAUUCAGCAUCCGUGACUCGAGUGACGACCAGACGCGGCUUCCAAGUACAAGCACUUGUGUCAACCUACUCAAGCUUCCACGGUACGAGAGUGCGCGCGUGUUGCGGGAGAAGCUGUUGUAUGCAGUCAGUUCGGGAGCCGGGUUUGACCUUAGCUAG